GUGGAUGUGGUCACUGGGGGAACACACAGUGGGGAUGUUCAUUUUCUUUAAUUAAACAUUUGUGAAAAGAUUUGUACAUAUGUAAAAUAACUUUUUAUAUGUAUAAAAGAAUUUUACAAAUGUACAAUAAACGUUUAAUUUACAUAUACAAAGAAUAGGACAUAUGUACAAUUUCUUUUAGGCGGAAGGCAUAUACAAUCAGAUAAUAAAUCCACCUGAAGAAGGAGAAAGUUUAUAGUAAACUUUUUUUUAUCUGAAAGCUAGUAUGGAACUAUACGAUGGAACUAUAUGUAAUAUAUUAUGCAAUAUUAUAACACCCAUGAUUUUUAAAUUUUGAAAAGUAGUAUUUGUACCUUUACUUACCAGGUAAUUAAUACAAUUUAGUUGGUACAGCCAAGUGCUCUUCAUGUGGUCGCUGCUGCUGUACUUAUAUAGGUGUGAUCAUAUGUAUAUAGGGAAGUAUAUACUUACUACGUAUCGACUAGUAUAACUUAACGGAGUAAGGUCCAUGUGAUGUACUUAUGAAAAAAAAAACAUGAAUCGUGUAAGAAUGUAUAUAAUCUGAACAAAUUGAUAAAAAUAAGUGGUCGUAAAAAAUAGAUGUGCAUGUUACACGUUUACAGUGAGAAAAAGUAAACAUUCAUUCUCAAUAUAGACCAUAUGUAUGUGCUUACGCAUUGUUGUGAAAAUGAUCUCAAAAUCGCAGAAAGCAGACGACGGUUAACCCCUGUUCAAAUAUUCGUAUCGGUCGCAGUAGAUUCCUCAUUUAUAGGACACACGUAGGGGUCACACUGCCACAACUUUUUCGUCUCAUGCUAAGGCGAAAGCCUUGAACUAGCCUGGGGCAAAUUCAUGACCCCGUCUCAACACAGUGCAUUCAAACUUGGCUGCUGUGGCUCUGACUGACGACACGACGACGGUUCGCCCCCUCACAGGAAAUUUCUCUUGUGUGUGAACAUAUAGUUUCGUUCAUAAUUAGCAUCUGCUGAGGUCACUGAACUAUGUAAGUAACCCCUUUUUAUUCAUUACUACAAAAUAGCCGUUUAACAAUGUAGUUCGGGUCGUAUAGAACAACAGCUAUGUACAUGUAUGAAUCUGCUAAUUCAGUCUAUGCUGAACUAUAACCCUUAUACAGCUGAGCUAACUUCUUGGAUAUAACGCAUAGAGAUAGGAGCGUGCGUAGACCCUCUAUAGGCCUACCUGUCUGGCUGCCCAAAAUUGUUUUUCAUCUUCAAACAGACAUACAGCCUUCCAUUAGUGUUGACUUCCCUACAAACUUGAGGAUGGAAGAGUCUCCGAAUGUACAGACAGAAAAGACCGUGACCGUGACUAAAUCCGUCACCGUGAAGAAGACGGACGAUCCGAAUGAGACGGCCACGCCCACUGGGAUCGACAACCCAAAGGAGGUGACGGCAAGCCCCGUCUACACCGACAACCCUAUGAAGACGGUGACGGUCAGAUCCGCGGACACCGACAACCCGGAGGAUGCGACCACCCCAACGGAGAAGGCCCCAUCGGAGGAGACAGAGUCCACGGAAACGACGGAAGGAACUACCCCUACCCCCAGCCCAACCCCCGGGCUAAGAGUGCUAAUUGCUGUGGACGAUAAACCUCAAUCUAACGAUGCCCUGGAAUGGUAUGCCAAGAAUAUCCACAGGCCCAACAACGAGGUACUACUCGGCCAUUGUUCAAAUAUCAAGAUGCCAGACUACAAUGCGAGCCCAGGUUUGGUGAAAGAGGUGAUGUUUAAAGCAGAGACUCAAGAUUCUGAAAUCGGCAGAAAAGCGAACGAGGUUCUUGCAAAGCAUGGGUUUUCAGGAAAGUUUAUCACUUUGUUGGGGAAGCCGGCCGAAUCAAUUGUUGAUGCGGUGCAAGAGAGACACGUUAAUUUGGUGGUCAUCGGAAAACGGCACAUGGGCAAACUGAAGAAGAAGAUCAGCGGAAGCGUCAGCAGUCACGUGAUUAGUCAUGCACACGUCCCUGUCCUUGUGUGUCCAGAGCCAAAAAAAGAUCACAAACAUGACAAAUGAUUUGGUUCCGCAGCACUUAUACUCAGCGCCUGUAUUUAUUUUCUUGCCACCCUCAAAGGAUGACUGUCAUAUUCAUCAUUUCAGGAUCACUUUCCGUCGAAAACUGAUAAUCAUUGUGGUACGGAAUCUGUAAAUUGAUCAGUAUAUAUAUAAUUGCAUUUGGCGGAAUACUUUGUGCGCAGUUUUACAUUUUUUAUAAGUUUCUUAUAUUUUUGAAGAUAUUCAUUUAUGCUUAUAACAGAUUCUUAUGUCUGCAACCGCCUGCGUAACCUGGUAUAACGCAAUAUGAUGGUUAGGUGUGCAUGUUAAAGAUUUGUAAUCUCACUAAAAAUGCUGACAUGGCAGACUAGAUGAAUUUGGAGUUGGUGGUAGUAGUAGUUAUCGUGUGAAAGGCGAAAACUACCAGUGUGUCAUUUUCCUGAAAACUUUUCAUGCCAGGGUAUCUCUUAUUAAAAACUUAUAUAUGUUUCACGACAUCGUCAGCAUGAACAGAGGAGAUGUCUCACUGUCUACGUAGUCUGUAUGCUGAACAGUAUACAUAAAUAUAGUACCGUAUAUAAAUGACCGUAAAUGGACUGGCUUUGUACAUUGCAGGCUAUACAGCCAUUUGGAAGCAAAACAUUGCAUUUGCUAAACAUGACAAAUCCAGUUUUCAUAUGUAGCAUUCAUAUCUGUAAUCGAGCCCGUAUAAUUUCAGCAUUGUAUCUUGCCAGUAUUAUAUUAAGUCAACCAUUUGCUUCACUCGAAAAACUAAUACAUAAGAUGGUAAUAUACCAAAUCUAAAACUCUAGGCAAGUGUUGCACGUCGUACGCGUACACUGUUCACUACUGCUGGCAACAUCCAUAAAAUAUCCAUUGCUUGUGUAAAGUGGUUUCAGGUACACGACACACUAAAAAGUAUAGCUAGGUGGCAUGCAAGUGAUGUAUGUGUUGUGUGUGUAGCUGCAUCGUAUGAUGACAUGUUUUCUCUGAAGUGCGAAAUGAUUACCAGGAGCAGCCCGGUAUAGGUCAAGGACAAACCAUUUGUUUCGCUGCGUACUUGUGUGCAUGCUGGAUGAAGGUAGUUGGCUAUAUAUGCUUAGGUGGUUUCGUGUUCUGUAUAGGCUUAUGUACAGUGUGUGUUGUGAAACAGGAGUCUGCUAACUUGAGGGUAUUAUAAUUUAUGUAUAUAUAUACACUUAUAAAUGAUACAUUCCUGAAUUUCGAAAGCCAUUGACAAUGUAACUGCGGUGCAUAUGGAUUCC